AUGAAGGAACUGGACCGGAUAUUAGUGAUUCGAUCGGCCUUCAUACUGGAAUUAGACGAUUUAAAAAAAUUUCCCAUACGUAUUUUGAAACAUGGCACUGCAAGGAAAAAAAUUGUCGGCCGACAAAUUGUAAAGGGAAGCCGUUGUCAAGUUUGUUAUCCGGAACAAAUCAAAAACACGGGACAGUCUUGCCCAAAACUCGACACCAGAGGAUACAAUAGUUCUACAAUUCCACGCAAGAGUAGUGAAAGUAGUACGACCAGCAAGGGAAGUACCCGUGCCGGCAGUAUCCAUGCGUGGACCAAAUCCUUAACGAGGCAUUCGUCGAAAUUAUCGUCCGGCGGAGGCGGUCAUAAGAGAACACCAUCGAACGCUUCGUCGACGUCUUGCGAAUUGGGGGAGGAGGCUACCCAGGUACUCGUAGGCGCGGGUACCUCCUCCCCUACAGUUACUUGUUCUCAACCAACGCCUAUUCCUAAAAAGAAUGCUGAUAAGUCAAAUCUUCCACCUAUCAAAGGCAGCGUCCCGACGCCGGAUACACUGUCGUCUGUUAUCGAUAAAAUCGAAUUCAUAGAUCAGGUGACACCUACUGAUAUAAAUAAUUUGAAUUACAAGGGAUAUCAUACAAUCGAUACAAAUCAAGAAAAUAAAACUAAAGAAACGUCACCGGGUGACGAUGAUGUCUUCAAAACACAGCCCGGCAAGCAACAGAAAUCAAAGGUUAAGCCAAAAUCAAACGGCAAUAAAAAGAAAACCAAGAAAGAUAAGGUAAAACCGAUCAUAAACAUGGAACUUUCUUCAGAAACUUCCGAUGUUAUUGAAGAUAAGAAGAAGUGUGAUUCUAUUGGGAAAUCGGGAGGGAAAGAAAAAUUACAACAGAAAGAAAAUAUCACCUCUAUACGUACCGUUACAACUGAUACCGAAACAACUAAGAUUAUUACCACUACUACGAGCUUAAAUAGAUAUACUUUUAUGAAAAUUAUGGAUGAAGAUAAAAUCGUGAAAGAUGAUAAGAAGAUACGAACUCACAGUUGCAGUAGCAUUCCUUAUGAUAACAUAAUAGAAAAUUUGGCGCCUUUCAGAAAGAGAUUUUGCAAUAUCCAGUUGUUUAGAGACAAAGAAGACGAAGAAAAGGAAGAAGGUCGACCUGAAAACUUGAUACCAACCAGAUCUGAAAUUCAACCGAUAGUCGAAUCAAUUCUCGAUAAUAUCAUCGAUAUGGCCGUCGAAAUUAUCGAUAAGAAUCAACUCCAUAUUGAAAAAUUACACGAAGAUACUAAUCGAGCCAUCGAAGUGACUCGCUUAGAUCCAGAUUACAAAUGUCGAAUUAGAUGCAAUACUGCAGAUACUAUAACUCCAUUUUACGUACAGAAAAUUAUGCAUACGUCUCCUAAUGAUAAUUUAAUAGAUGCCAGAAAUUUUGUCGAAGAAUACGAAGAGUUCCAUGAAUCUUGUACUGAGAUGCAAGAAACUGAAUUGACCAUAGGACAGAUAAUGACCGAGUUAAGUACCACCGUCGAUAGAAUAAUAGCAGAAAAACAAAAAAAUAAGAGAAAGAAAGAUAAAUCUGUGAAACAUGGUGGAGUGACCAGUUUGAUUUCAAUAGAAACCGAUUCGAAUGCUGAAGAUGAUUCGGAAAUAGUCCAAAACGAUAAACGACUGUUAGAAGUGGGAGCGAUGUACAAUAUUCCGAAGAAUCUUUUUCUCAGUACAGAAUUAACUGAAAUUACGGAACAGACCAUCGACUUAUUACAUAGAAAUGACGAGAACGCGGAAAAUAAUCCAGACAUGGUCGAACAGAGCGUGAUGGUGGUGAAUUUAUCAAAAGAAGGAAAAGUCGAAGAUGACGACGACGUUUACAGACCGAUAGCUGUCAGUCCCGAUGGAAGAUUCUUCAAAUACGAAGAAGAGAUCGGAAGAGGAUCUUUCAAGACUGUUUACAGAGGUUUGGAUACUCAGACUGGUGUUGCGGUUGCUUGGUGCGAAUUACAAGAAAAGAAACUGAACAAAACUGAACGACAGAGAUUUAGAGAAGAGGCUGAAAUGUUGAAGAAACUUCAACAUCCGAAUAUAGUUCGUUUCUAUAAUUAUUGGGAAUCCCCCGGUACUAAGAAGAAGAAUAUUGUUUUGGUUACGGAACUGAUGUUAAGUGGAACUUUGAAAGCUUAUUUGCGGAGAUUUAAAAAGAUCAAUCCGAAAGUAUUGAAAUCUUGGUGUAGACAAAUUUUGAAAGGAUUAGCUUUCCUCCAUUCGAGAUCUCCACCGAUUAUCCACAGAGAUUUGAAAUGCGAUAAUAUUUUCAUAACGGGUGGUACUGGUUCGGUUAAAAUUGGCGAUUUGGGUUUGGCAACUUUGAAAAAUAGAAGUUUCGCCAAAUCGGUAAUUGGUACUCCUGAAUUUAUGGCACCUGAAAUGUACGAGGAACACUAUGAUGAAGGUGUGGACGUUUAUGCUUUCGGGAUGUGUAUGCUGGAAAUGGCUACAAGUGAAUAUCCGUAUUCCGAAUGUACUGGGCCUGCACAAAUCUACAAGAAAGUCAUUUCGGGAAUCAAACCUGCAAGUUUUGAAAAAGUUCAAAAUCCCGAAAUAAAAGAUGUAAUAGAAAAUUGUAUAAGACCCAGAAAGGAAGAUAGACCGAAAGUGAAAGAUUUACUAAACCAUGCUUUCUUCGAAGAAGAUCUCGGAUUAAAAGUGGAAGUUGUUUCUCAAGAAACUAAAAAGAUCGUUUUCAGAUUGAGGGUAAUCGAUCCCAAAAAGAGGACUCAUAAACAUAAAGAAAACGAAGCCAUUCAGUUCGAAUUCGAUAUGGAGAUGGAUAAACACGUUACGAUUGCUGAGGAAAUGGCAAAGUCAGGAAUUAUCUUUGAGGAUGACGCAAAAACGGUUGCACAACUCUUAAGAACGCAGAUAAACCAAAUAACAAAAGAAAGAGAAAAGAAAUCGAAAGAAGAAGAAGCUUUAGCACAACAAUUACAAUAUCAACAGUACUGCAUUCAGCAACAGGUUGAACAACAAAUGUCUCAACAACAGGCCCAAAGUGCUGUUUCCCAACAAGCACCACAGCCACAACAACAAGCUCAACCACAAUCUCAACCUCAGACUAUGACUGGUUAUCCACAGGCUCAGCAACCUCCCCAGUUUACGCAACAACAGUCUUUCCAACAACAAAGUUAUCCACAAAGUCAACCAGUCAUUCAGACUACUGAGCAGAUUCAAUAUCAACAACAGCAGGAACAACAGUAUCAGCAACAACAUUCAGUAGAGCAACAACAACAGGAACAAGUGCAGGUCUUACAGAAUCAGUAUAUCCAGCAACAACAGCAACCACCUCAACAGACACAACAAGGGGAUGCAACCGUUAUGUAUACGCAACAGCAUUCUAUAAUUCAACAAGAACCGCAACAACAAACUUUCCAGCAACAACCAAUGGCACAAGAACAUUCAAAUCAACCCAUACAGAGACAAGGAUCCGUUGAACCUGUUCAACAACAACCAAUUAUACAUAAGCAACCUGCACCUACGCAUUUCGUGCAACAAAACUUUUUAGAGGGACAACCUCAACAAGCUGAGUAUCUACAGGUUCAAGCUCAACAGCAUCAAGAGAGUCAACAUAAGAUGUCGAGUAUAUCUCAGCCAGAGUUACUCCAUCCCGCUCCUCCACAAAAUGAACAUAGAUUAAGUGUUGAUAGUCAAAUUGACAAGGUACAACAAGGAUUGAUACAAGAUCAACAACAACAAUCCAUAACAAAUUAUCAACAGCAUAAUUAUUCACAACAACCACCGCAACCAACAUAUGCGCAAGUGGUACAACAUCAAUCACAGAAUUACCCACAGCAACAGGCAUAUCAACAGCAACCGGCUUCCAAUUAUGCUCCACAACAUAGUUAUCAAUCCCAAGAUAGCCAGAGUUAUCCACCGCAAAACUUCCAACAACAACAGAGCUAUCAACAAGGACAACAAGAUCAGAUUUUGCAUAUCAUACCCGGAAAUAUGCCACAGAUAAACCAAGAAUUAAAUCAACAAUUUAUACAACAGCAAGUUAAUUAUCCACAACAGCAAAGUCAACCGCCAUCGCAAUCCACUUACCAGCAACCUACCCAACCACCAAAUUUCGCUCCACAACAGACCACUUUCCAGCAGAAUUAUCCUCAACAAACAACUACUCUGCAAUCUGCUAAUUACCCAGCACAACAGCAACAACAACAACCUCAAUCAGCUCCUCAAACUGCAUAUGUUCCUCCACAACUUAACUAUCAGCAACCACCUCAACAACCAACUUACCAAGGACAACAAUAUUCUCAACCAGAACAGCAACAGACGUACCAAGGACAACAGUAUCAACAGAGCGACCAACAAACGUACCAAGGACAACAGUAUCAACAGAGCGACCAACAAACGUAUCCUGGGCAACAAUAUCAAUCACCUGAACAGCAACAGGCUUAUCAAAGUCAACAAUACCAACAACCGCCCGAACAACAAACUUACCAGGGACAACAGUACCAACAACCGGAACAACAGCAAGUUUACCAACAACAGUUUAUUCAGCAAACCGUCGAACCUAAUCAACAGUAUAUUCAACAGAAUAUCGAUCCGAAUCAACAGUAUAUUUCCCAAAGUAUUGAUCCUACACAAACUCAUACCGUCGAACAGACCCAGCAACAGGUCCCGCCUCCCCAAUAUGUCCAGCAACAGGGUACUCAACCACAAAUGCUAACCCAGCAAGUCGUACAAGGCGAUCCUAAUACUAACGUCGCUACUCCGCCUACGAAUUUGGUCGAACUCCAACAAAAAUUAGCACAGCAACAUUUACAACCUGUUAAGCAAGAACACAGAGCUUCCACCGCCUCUUUACCGCCGAUGCCUAGUUUCGAGGCUCAGAACGAUCAUAGACGUCUCUCGACUAUGUCGCAACCAGUUUCGGUACAGGAUUACGUACAGGCAUCUCUACAACAACAAAUUAAUGAUAUACAUAGUCAGGAAUUUGUCCAACAGAUUACAAAUCAGGUACCAUUACCGCAGCAUCAAGAUUCUCAAGCGUUAACAGUCGAAAACGUAAAUACUAUCCACACAUACACCGCCCCUUUGGAAACAAUCAUUUCGGUGGAUUCGUUAACGCCAAAAUCAUCGUUGGAUGUUAUAACCCCUAACCAAGAGAUCGAUCAACCCGAACAACAAGUAAGUCAAAUCGUGGAGAUCUCCUCCUCGACUUCUUCAGACGAGAAGCCAAGGAGAAAGAGGAGCUCUUUAAAAUAUCAGCUAAUCGUUGAUAACGUUCAACCGGACGGGAUCGUUGAAUGUCAACUACUUUGCAAACAGAAGUCAGUUAGUUUUAAGUUUAACAGAUUAGAAACUACCCCUUCCGAUAUUAUCGAUAAGAUGAUAAAGCAAGAGGUAUUAGACGAGCCUCACAAGCAAUUGAAGGACCAUUUGCAGGACGUUAUUGAUAAAUUGAAUCUGCAACCUUCUGAAGGCGCCAAAGUUAAACCGUGGACUUAUGUGCAAAAGAGAGAUGACUCCAGCGGACAGACAUUCGUUAAAUCUGUGUACGUGGACCCGACACCCGUUCCAGACGAGUUCCAAAAUAUAAAAACAACUUUAACGGAAAAUCUCUAUCAGAAUUUGAGGUGUCGUGAAAGUUUAAAUUCUAGUGGGACUGUUUCCCGUAAAACUAGCACAGCUUCGGAAUAUACUCCGGAGCAUACUUAUAUAGUAAAUAGACAGCCAGGAAAUGUUGAUCAAACUAAUCUUGGUUACGUAUCCGAAAACGUUACUGCUACUUCAGUCGAAUUACCUUCGCUUCGCCAGAACACACCGGUAGAUUUAGAAAAGAAUACUUUAAUCGGAAGUCCUCCUAAUGCUUCUUCUCAACCUGAUUGUACUGAUAAUACAGAUGCAUUUAAAGCCGAACUUAAUGAUAGUUUACUUCACCAAGAAUCUGGUAAAUUUACACCGGUACCAGGUCAAAAAGUUAAUCUCAAAGUAUUUGUAAUGUCUGUCGAUCAAAACGCCGAUCAACAGAAAGAAGAUUGUACGGAAUCUCCAAAGGAAAGAAUAAUCGAGGUAAAACUUACCGAUGAAAUUGAAAAGUCGGCCGAAAUUGAUCCAAAGAAUGAAAAAGAUUCAGAACACAAUUUAAAACUACCACCUCAAAGAAAGAUAUCUAGAUUUUUAGUCAGUCCUGUAUUAUCUGGACAAUUGAAUAUGCCGAAAGAUAAAGAUGUAGUUGAAACUCCCAUACAACAAUCUCAAGUUUCCGAAGUAGUACCAUCUGUUGAUACUACAAUAGAAGUAAUACACCAAGGAAAUGAAGUUAAAACAAUUGUUCCGAACAACGUGAUUGCUUCUACUGAACCUUUAAGAAAAACCUCAGCUCCUUUAGAGACAACUAGAAACAUGAUGGAGUUGGAAAAAGCAGAACCUAAAAUGAGUGUUUGUUCUUUAAAAGAAGAUGUUAUUAGUAAAGAUGAUCCAAUUCCAAUUUGUGGACCCGAACACAUUAAUACUUUAGAACAAUUAAAAAUUAGUUUAGAUAAUUUGAAACAUAGCAGUCAUCCUAAAAAGGAUACCGGUGAAACGGAAAGCAAAAAAGUUUCCUCAAGUAUAGACGUUAGUACAAAAUCAUCGACUAUCGCAUCACAAUCUUCUACAGCUCAAUUUGCCCCUCAAGCUUCACCCCAACAAUCAUUGCAAACACAACAAAAUUUUUCUAUUACCUCACCACAAUCCCAACAGUCUCUAUCACAAUCUCAACAAAUGUCGAAUUCUCAUCAAUCCCAACCACAGCAGACACAACCACAACUAGCAACUGGACAACAGGUAUCUCAAAACCUUCCGGGAAUUCCACAGAAUCAAUCACAACUUCCUGCUACAAUACAAUCGAACCAACCACAGCAGCAAUUACCACAACCUUUACCCCAACAACAAUUACCACCACAACAAACGAUAAUACAAUCGCAACAACCACUCACGUUGCCUCAGCAAUCGAUGCCUCAACAUCAUCAAACUAUAUCUCAACAACAACAAGCUAUACCUCAACAACAACAAGCUAUGCCUCAACAACAGCAAGUUAUGCCUCAACAACAGCAAGUUAUACCUCAACAACAGCAAGCUAUGCCUCAACAACAGCAAGUUAUACCUCAACAACAGCAAGCUAUACCACAACUGCAGCAACAGAUACCCCAACAGCCUCAACAGCCAUCCGUACCGAAACAACAACAAUUACCGAUACCCCAACAGCAGUCAAUGCCUCAACAGCAACCCGUAUCCCAACAACAACCAUCGAUGCCGCAACAACAGCUGCCGAUAUCUCAACAACAGACAAUGUCGCAACAACAGCAACCAAUGACGCAACAUAUACCUCAACAAUCUCAGCAUAUGCCACAGCCACCGCAAACCGCAUCUCAACCGCAGUCAAUCUCACAACAGACGAUGUCUCAGCAACAGCAGCCGGUUCUUCAGCAACAGCAACCUGUUCCUCAGCAACCGCAGCCGAUUUCUCAUCAACAAACAAUUUCUCAGCAACAACAACAACAACAACCGAUGCCUCAGCAGCAACCACAGUUGCCUACACAAUCACAACCAAUGUCACAACAACAGCAACAGUUUGCGCAGCACCCACAAUUGUCCCAACAGCAACUUUUGCAGCAACAACAACAGCCGGUACCUUCACAACAAUCGCAAAUUCAACAACAGCUGUCUCAACAACCGCAAAUUGUGCAACAAUCGCAGUUGGUGCAACCUCAAUUGCAACAGCAGCAGAUGCCUCAAAUUCCGCAGGCGCAAUUAACGCAGCAACUGCCUCCUCAACAUCACCCACCGUUUUCUCAACAUUUAUCUCAAACUCAAUUAUCUCAAAUACCACCAUCGAAUGCAAAUCAGCCUCAACAGGCAGUUGCAUCUGUACAGCAGCAAAAUUUUGUAACUUCUUCGGUACCACAACAGUACGCAGCGACACACGCAAUGAACAUACCACAUGUUAGUGCUUCCAUACCACCGCAACCAACAUCGUCUGUGAUGACCGGUUCUGCUCCAACUCAACCAAUUUCAGUGCCAUUGCCUCAGUCUUUAUCAAGUAGUGUGCCACAUCAACAUGAUAUUCCUACAUCCAUACCUCAACCUCAUAUGAUGCCAAAUAAUGCAACUAGUACAUCUCACGCAAUCAGCCAAUCGAAAAUACACCAACAACCACUAUCUCAAAAUUACCAACAGUCAUCGGUACCUCCCAUAUCUCAACAUCUCCCUACGUCGCAGCCGAUGGUAUUGAACAUGAAUCAACCACCCAUCGAUAUGCAAAACGUUUAUCAACAACCAGCUUAUGUUAGCCACGGACAUACCAUCUCUAGUUCUGUAUCUGUCCAGAAUUUUUCAUCGUCACCUGGACAACAGUUGGCUGGUUUUCAGCAUUCUAUGUCUAUAGAUGAUACCUUGCAAAAUUAUGCAGCUGCUGUUAAAAAAGUUCCAGAUAAUCUCAACCAAUCGUUAGAAAGUUCCGUUAAAACUAGUCAAGCCUCCGCACCUCAAGGUGAUGUUAAAUAUGACGCUCAUCUUCAGACUUUGCAACAUAAACUGUCCGCCAUUCCGUCUUCAAGAAAUUCGCAAACAAACACCGCGCCAUCUAGCCCCCAGCUGAUAAUAGCUUCGCCAGAAUUCCCACAAGAAAAUUUGCCUACUAAUGCAAAUGUUAAUACAAGCAAAUUACCGAUAGAAUUGAUAAGCGGUCCUAGUAGCGGAACCACGACGUCAGACAUCUUAUCACCAGUUAUAGAACCAGAAAUUACAUCGUCUAACGCUCCCGCAGAAGAUCCGCUUGUAGAACUCAAUAACAAGUUGAAACAGAUUAACAGUAGAUCUGAAGCUGUAGAAAAAAGAGAUCAUGCUAACGUUAUCGAACAGAUAGACGAUAUUAAAAUCGAAAAUAAUAUCGGUCCAGAUAUAACAGGUGCCGCACCGGGGGCUGUCGGUGGAACUAACGUUAAUGUGUUUAGUGGUAACCAGGAUCCAAAUGUGGAACCUGCUUCUUCGCCUGCUUCAAAAGACCGCCGCAUAUCUAGAUUCCAAGUCAGUGUAGUGACUGAACCUGAUAAAGCUAACGAUUUAGAGGACAUAGAGAUACAAGAUAGAGACGAUAGUACGGUUUCCGUAGAUUCAGAAACUAGAAGAGAAGCCGAUUUCACUACAGUUAUUAAUACCACUUUUGAUUCCUUAAAAACUACUUUAGUUAAAGCCUGGCCUACUGGAGGGGCUGAAGAAGUAAAUUCAGAAGAAGAAGUACAAAUUUCGAAUAUAAAACAGCAUGAAGUUGGUAACAACAACGACAUUAAGCACCCCCGUAACAUUGGCACCACUCAUCACAGUCACCACCUUAAUAAUAAACUGCAUUUGCAUAAUCUAACACACCCGAAAGAUAAUUCCAUACUGCACGGUGUCGGAAAUUUCAAAAGGUCAUUAUCGUAUAUCGAUCUGAAAAAAGAAAUCGAAAAUUUAAUGCCCAUCAAAGAAAAAUCCGAACCGGUAGACGUUAAUCCGAGAAGGCUCACUACCGGUCGUAAACAUUCGAAAUCUUUCAGGCAUUUCCCAAAAAUAAUCGUCCAUCCAGCCGAGGAUACCAAUUUAACUAGUAGCCUACCGAAUAUCCACACAAUGGUUACCAAUAAAACGACCGGUUUCGUUAUUAACAACGUUUUCGAUCACAACGCUUCUUGUCCCGAUCUAACCGACGAAAGAUAUUUCAACGAAGAAGACGUUUCCGUUUGCGGCGAUAGGGGAUUCAGAAAUUUCGGCGAAUCUCUUCGUAAAUACGAUAAACAAGCAGUUGUGGAAGCUAGAAAUUUCCACGUCAAGCAACCCGAUAAACGGAAACGUACGAAGAAAAACGAAACGCCCAGCGAUUUACUGAAACGUUCUUGGAUCGAAAAACAUUCGAAUUCGAUGCCGAAAUUACACCGAAGGACUAAUCUGGAUACUAAUUUGGAAACUUAUCACACUUACCACGGCGGUAUGGAUAUCAGUAAUAAUUUUCCGUCGUUAAAACGGCGAGAAAAUACCGAUUCUCGUUUUACGCCGAUUCGAGAUUAUUGUACGUGUUUUCAUGGUAGUUUGAAUAGAUUCGACGUCGAAUAUCGAUGUAACGAAAACAGUUUAUCGACUAGAAGUAUGAAUUCUUUACCUAGCGUCGAUACUCAACGUUACCCUCAAUUAUAUACCGACGUCGUAACUAAAUGUUGUUGCGGUGGUGUAAACUGUAAACAAGUGGUGCCAAUAUAUGAAUAUUUGGAAACGUAUUUGCCUAAAACGGAGGAAACAUUCGAGGAAAUGCUGAAUCGACAAAAGGCUGAACUUAAUGCUUUAAUGGAAGCUCACAGAAAGCAACAGUUAGAAUAUAUGGAGUUUCAUCGAAAUUUAACUGAAGACAGUAAGAACCAUUGAAGAGGAUCAAUUGAUUAAAAGUGAGAAUGUAAGGCUGUAUAAUAAAUAAUUAUUAUUGUUUAUAUUGUAUUAUAUUUCAAAAAUUAGAUAUUAAUAAUUACGAUUGAUGAUAAUUUAUUUUUAAUAUCUCCUUUUAUUUCUGGUUUCGUUUUAUUUAUUUUAGAACGUGAAAUCAGUAAUCUUAUGGGAGAUGAUUAAUUUUUUUGUUGAUCUUUUUUUUCUAUUAUUCCUGAGAUUAUUCCUACAUUAUAUUCAUGUAUAAUUUCGUCUUGGAAUCAAUAUAAUAUUGUUAUCAUUUUA